UACGUUUAUGACUGCCAUUAGUUCCAUUGUGUAUGGGCUAGUAAGUUACAAGGACUAGUAAAGGUGUAAACAUAGUAAUUAAAUAGGUAGCACAGCAAAUAAAUUUUCACAAAAUUUAUUAAAAUGCCAACUUGUGAAAUCCUAACAUGCAGUCAAAUUUUAUCCUUAAUGGUUAUAACAAGUUUCAUGAUUCAUCACAUGUUAAGAGUAAACAUCUCAAUAGCUAUAGUUGAAAUGGUGGUCAAGACUAAUGCAACCAAUUCAAGUGAAGAAAAUUUUGGACCAAGAUAUGAAUGGAAUGAACGUGAAAAAAACGAUUUGUUUGCAUGGUUCUUUUGGGGUUAUUUAAUUACUCAAAUCCCCGGUGGACGCUUUUCGGAAAUAGUUGGUUCAAGAAUUGUUUUAGGUGUGGGAAUUUUAUUAGCGAGUGUUGCAACUCUUCUUCUUCCUUUGUUUUGCAACAUCAAUUACUACCUAGUAGUGGUGGCAAGAUUCUGCAUUGGUUUGGGAUUAGGAGUACACUGGCCUGCUGUGCCACCCAUUGCAGUCAGAUGGUCGGAUUCUUCAACAGGAAGAACCAUGUUCAUGACACACUUAUUUGCGAGCUCUUUAGGGGCGGCGAUAAUAUUGCCCGUUUCUGGUUAUCUAAUAGCUUAUGUGGGGUGGCCGAGUGUGUUUUAUGUCACGGGCGCAAUAGGUGUUUUUUGGUCAAUAUUAUGGUUCUAUUUAAUAUAUGACUCACCAGAACAACAUCCUAGAAUAAGCAUAAAAGAAAAAGAAAUUUUAGGAAAAAAAAUUCAUAAUGAAAUAACUCCACAAGUACAUAUUCCGUGGAUAAAAAUUUUAACUUCUUUACCAGUGUGGGCAAUUGUAAUAGCUAACGCUUCCAUUUGUUUUGGUUUUUACAUUAUAUUUAACCAUUUACCGACAUACAUGAGUUCAGUCCACAAUGUUAAAAUUGAGAAAAACGGAUGGCUUUCCAGCUUACCACAUUUAGGAAGAUACAUUACAACUAUUAUAGUUUCAUACAUGGGAGCAAGAAUGUUACAAAACAACAAAUUCUCAACAAUUACAAUUAGAAAAUUUCUCAGCGUGGUGUGUUGCUGGAGUGCUGUUUUAUUAUUUGGAAUACAAGCUCUUUUUGGCUGUUAUUAUUAUGUGACAAACUUUGUUUCUAUUACGUUCUUUAUUUUCUUGAGUUUGUCUAUUCCUGGAAUGAUUGUUAAUAUCUUAGAUAUUUCUCCUGCAUUUUCUGGUACUAUUAUAGGGUUUAACCAAGUUAUUGUUUGCAUAUCAGGCAUUCUUUCUGCGAAUGUUGUUGCUGUUUUUACAGCUAAGAAACAAUCAUUCGAACAAUGGAGAUAUAUUUUUCUAGUUGUAGCUAUAGUUAAUUUUUUGGGUGGUUUAUUUUUUUUAAUUUUUGCGUCUGCUGAUGUACAAAGUUGGAACCCAAAACAAAAUGUAUCUCAAAAGGAAAAUACGCUAUUGAAUGAAAACAACCCCGAAGAGUAGUAAAAUAUGUUGUGUUUAUAAUUAUAUAAUUAUUUGUUAAAUAAACAAGAUUGUGUAAUCU